AUGUCUGUUACGACUAACAAAGACUACCCAUUAACGUCCGAAUACUUUCUUGCUAGCAAGAACGGACCGUCUCCCAAGCUUUUGGCAUUCAUUCCCGGAAAUCCAGGUCUCAUUGAUUACUACGUCACGUAUUUGGAAUUACUUGCUGAAAGCAACCCAGACUUUAAUAUCUUGGCCGUUUCUCAUGCGGGCUAUCAAACUUCGGAUGACUUUGUCGCCGCAGGAAAACUGGAGAAGCAACCUUACUUCAACUUGGAAUACCAGAUAAAUCACAAAUAUGAAAUUUUGAGAAAGCAGGUUCUUCGAGGGCACACUGAGUUGUAUAUCUUAUGUCACUCAAUGGGCGCGUAUGUUACGCAAAGGGUGGUGAAGAUGCUUUUGAAUGAUGAAGAGGUGUCCAAAGUUGUGAAAAUUAAGUUCAUCGGACUCAUUUGUCCCACUAUCGUGGAUAUUGCAAAGUCACGUUCGGGUGUAGCAUUUUCACGGCUCUUCAAUUACCUUCCACUUGUCACUGUUGCAGUAUGGUUUAUAUCCCUAUUGCAUUUCAUUCUACCAGAUCUGACGGCGGAGUUAAUUAUUCGCAAGUUUGUGAUUUCACAUCCUGUGCUUCGAGAUUCAAAGCUGAUGGAGUCACGGCACAACUCCAUUGAGGCCACUUUGAAGAUUUACAAGUCCAAAAGAAUUGUGCGUCAGGCGCUUAAUCUUGCCGAAGAAGAACUUUUGGUCAUUCAUCGCGAUGACACUUUAAAUGACUGGUUUUUUAGAGAUCUACCCGAAACCCACGGGACAGUCAUAUGGAGUUUUUUUGCGUACAAAGAUCAUUGGGUGCAUGAUAACACUCGUGACUACAUAUUGACGAGGUAUCAUGGCCCAAAAAGCACUCUUGUGCAUUUCGAAGUGGGUAAUACCAACAACGAAAACUGUCCUGCAAUAACCCACAGCUUCUGCAUUGACCAGAGUGUUGAGUUCGCGGAGAUAACAUGCAAGGCGCUUCUGUUUGCCGUAUGA